UGGAGAUAUUUUGACAGUUGGUGUGGUGAGCUCGUUUCAUAACCUAAGCGUUUCCUCUAUUUUCUUUCUUUGCUAAACUCGUUACCAACCAAUUAUUUUAUCGUGAAUAAAUUUUUGAAAUAAAUUAAAAAUGCCGUUGAAAAUAUCGAGUCGUCUUCGUGCAUUGAAAAAGAUGCAGGAAAAUGUUCAGCACACGAGUCGUUUGCAAACAUAUGUGCCAGCUGGAAUGGCAACUUCUGCACCACCACUCGGUCCGAUGUUGGGUCAACGUAGUAUAAAUAUUGCAAACUUUUGCAAGGAAUUCAACGAAAAAACGUCGAAAAUUAAAAAAGGCCUCCCGUUACCGAUUCGCGCCAAAGCAACAACAGAUAAAUUAUUCGAUUUGGAUAUUCACCAGCCACCAGCCUCAUAUUUCAUUAAGCAAGCGGCUGGAAUUGAUUUGGGCGCAGUGAAGCCUGGACAUGAGAUUGCUGGCAAAAUCACGCUUCGACAUUUGUAUGAAAUAGCCAAAAUCAAACUCCAAGAUCCACCAAAUGCUCUGCUGACCCAUAAACAAAUGUGUGAAAUGUUAGUCGGUGUCGCACGAUCCUGUGGAGUGCAAAUCGUUCGCAAUUUGGACCCAAACGAAUAUGCAAAGUUUCUGGCCGAACGUAAGAUUAUCAUUGCACAACAGAAAGCAGCUCUAGAAGAGGAACGAGAAGCGAAAAUGUUACGCUCUGGUUAAACUAAUUAAAGUUAUAUGUUACUUGUUUACAAUCGUAGAAAAUUAAACGAAAUUUUUGUAAAAUG